AUGAACACCAGCCAGUCAUGCCCACAACGCCAACGACCGCGAGCGACCCCCGCCCGCAUCUUCAUCCGCCUCCGCGACCGCCUCCAACUUUUCCUCGAACGCUUUGUCGACGGGGACGCCACAGCACAAGCCGGCUUCAGAACCUAUAAGGCGCACCGGGACGCGCGAUGGCUCGCCAAGGAUCGGGGCCCUGCGUCCGCGGCGCUGGCUGCCGUGUCGAAUACCGAGGAUGAGCCGAGUCGCCGCAGUAGGAAGCGGAGUGCGGCUAUGCAGCAGGGGAAUCUGGAUGUUGCGGGUGGUGGUGGUGGUGACGAUGUUCAUGAGGGGCUGGAUGUUCCCAAGACCAGGGAGAAAGGCAAGGAAAAACAGGUGACGGGGAUUCUAGGCCACGAUGCUGGGAAGCCAUCUACUUUGGAGACGACAUCAUUGAACGGAAUAGAAAAACGGCAAACCAGAGCCCCUUCCCAGCCGCGCAGUCUCUCCAGAUCAAGUACGCUUUCAUCCAUCGUCUCCUCGACCUUCCUGGGAGGUAGUCAGAGACAGCGAAGGAGGGGGAGGAAGAGGGAGAGGUCGGACGCUAGGCCGGGCUACUUUGAUCCGGACUCAUCACCGGCAGUCAGCAAAGCACCCCACGCGCAGACGUCGGUGGUAAUGAGUGAUACGCUGGAGAUGAAUGUACCCGUUGAGCUGGCGAGGAGGUCUUGGGGUGUUCCUGUUGGUACUGCGAGGUAA